AUUUUACCUCUCCCAACGCCUACUGCCAGUCUGGCUCGGAGACAACAUGUCGCAGUACGCGGUAGAACUUUGUGAGGUCGUCAUUCAAGAGUUCUUUGGUGAAUGUUGUGCUACUGUAUGCCAUGCUCUCUUGAAUCAUGGACGAAUGACGCUUCAAACUCUGCGUUCUCGAACGAAACUCCCAUUAAAAAAGCUUCGUCAAGCCUUAGUCUCCUUGAUGCGCCAUCAUUUAGUGCUGUACGCGAAGGUAAUCGAGCACCUGCGGGAAGUUACACACUAUGAAGCUCAAUGGACUGAAAUCUAUAACUUUGUCCGGAAAGGAAAGGCUGUGUACAUAAUUUCUCAGCGAGUAUCCCAAGAAGCUGGAUCUAUCGCUAAGUAUAUCGCAACUCAGGGCCGCGUUCGCGUCUCGGAUAUCUUUAAGGCAUUUGGUAAAGACCCCGAUGCUGUUGACGAUGAAACCAACAAGCUCAGAAAUGAAAUUUAUGCUUUGAUGGAAAAAAAGUUCCUCGACGUUGUUCAACCUCGUCAUCUUAUACCCAUGUUUGACCAAGAGAUGGAACUUCGACUUAAGCACACAGAGCGCCUGAAGUCGGAAAAUAUGUCGGAUGCGAAAAGAAACCAUGAAAUUCAAGACGCUAUUCAAUUAGACCUGGCCAAGCUUGAUGCUGCUGAACAAUCAAAGGAGGUCGGUAUGAAGAGAAAGCCAAUCGAAUCAUUCGCCCGUCCUAGCAAACGCAGGCGUCGCGCUGGUGCCGCUGACGAGACUGCUGAUGGUGAUGACUUUGUUCUUGUACCCGACCCAGAUGCCCUCCUGGCUGAGCGACGUAUUGGAAAAACAACUUCUAUUGUUUAUUCCCAUGUACUUUCCUUGUUGGAAACCAAAACUGCCGGAAUACCCAUGCCUAACCAGCAUUUCUUCUUUACUACUAUGGAGCUUUCACGACACUUCAAAGACGACAUAGAUUUAGUUUCCUGCAUCGUGAAGGAUUCCUCCUUAAAAACACUUUCCGUCUCAAACCCUGUGUUAAUCGGCGAAGAUGAUGAAGAUGACGAAGAUGAGGAUGAAGAUGUUGACAUGGAUGCAGAAGCAGCAGACGAGAGUAAACGUGAUCGCAAGGCGGCUGCACUCUUACAGCACUUGGAACUCCUUGCUGAUAGUUCCCUUCGAUUCCUUACUAAAACCGGCACACGCGCUAUGGGCGAGUGGAUGGUUGACUAUACUUACCUUUCCACUGUGCUGCGCGAAAUACAUUACGAAAAUAUAAUAGAACAAAAGCUCGGUGAUCAAGCUAAGACUCUACUUCGCAUAAUAAAGGACAAGGGAAAAAUUGCUGAGCAACAACUUUCAAAUCUUGCACUACUUCGUCAAAAAGACAUUCGUGCUCACCUCACCUCAAUGUGCGAAGUAGGUGCUCUUGACAUCCAAGAAGUCCCUCGUUCUGCCGACCGGGCACCCUCAAAAACAUUCUACCUUUGGUUCCACCGUACUGAUAGAGCUUACUCACUCCUGCUUGACCAAUUGUUCAAAUCCAUGGUUCGCGUUCUUAGACGGUUGCGUAGUGAACGGGAUCAACGAUCACUCUUGUUGCAGAAAGUCGAGCGCAGCAACGUGCAGGGGAACGAAGAGAAAUAUUUACAAAAGUUUGAGUUGGCAGACUUAAAAAAGCUGGGACUUGUGGAGCAACAACUUUUGGUUCAAUUAGCUCGUUUGGAUGAGUUGGUUAUGUUAUUUGGGGAUUUUUAAAAGUAAAUAAUAUUGUCGUUCCAAAUCCAUUUUCGUGUUUGUGUUGUUAUAAGUCAUUAUAAGUAAAGGCGUAAAUGAUAAACGUGCUCUUAACAAUAUUGGAAAUUUCUAAGGUAUUGGCAAUAAUCCAACACUUCUGCGGUAGACAACUCCCUCUUUCUCAUUUCCCUAACUGAAUUCAGAGGACAAUAUAUAAAUUGUUAUUAGAUAAUAAAUUAGCACUGCUAAUAGAUGCAAGUUCUAUGAAUGAAAAUAAACAAAAAAACC